AAGAGACGUACAGGGAACAUUUUCAAUGGCUCCUCAAUAUGCACCAAGUCAGCGCUCCCGACUGCCACCUUUGCUGCUUUUUCUGCAGAUAGGGUUGAUUGUCAUAUAUGCUUUUUACACAGAGACUGAAAGCCAUCUGAAAGUAGAUGGGAUUACCUUCAGGAACUUUUACCCAGAGUUCCAGGAUGUGAAUGUGAUGGUGAUUCUAGGUUUUGGUUUCUUAUGCACUUUCCUAGUGCGUUAUGGUUUUAGUGGCUCUGGGUUCAAUCUCCUUGUGGCAGUCAUUGCCACCCAAUGGGGUAUCAUACUCAAUGGAAUUGAGUCCUGGUAUUACAGAGGAAAGAUCAGGAUAGAUCUGAGAAGCUUAGUAGUUGCAGAGAUGUGCGCAGCCUCUGCCCUCAUAUCAGUGGGAGCCAUGCUGGGGAAGACCAACCCUGUCCAGCUCGUCCUCAUCGCGCUGUUGGAGGUGUCGGGGUUCGUCCUGAAUGAAUGGCUCCUCCAGACUCUGUUGAGGGUUCGACCUCUGAACAGCAUCAUGAUGCUUCACAUCUUUGGGGCCUUCUUUGGACUCAUGCUGACUUGGAUCCUGCAUCGGAACGGAGCCAAGGAGCGAUUUGAAAAAGAUAAAUUUGACAGCAAAACAGCAUUAUUCUCCAUGUUGGGCACGGUGUUUCUCUGGAUGUUUUGGCCUAGUUUUAAUUCAGUUCUUGUGGCUGAUCGUACCCCUGGGAGGAAGCUGGGGGCCGUGUUCAGCACCUACCUGGCCCUGGCUGUCAGUGCUGUAACAGCAGCUGCUGUGUCCGUGCUCUCCAGUCCCAAGGGGAAACUCAACCUGAUCCAAAUGCAGUCAUGCAUCCUUGCUGGUGGUGUUGCUGUUGGGGUUUCCAUGUCAGUGGCUCUUCAGCCAUGGGAAGCAAUGACGAUUGGAUUCAUUGCCGCUGUUGUAUCAACCCUUGGAUUCCGAUACCUCAAGAUCCACAUGCAGCUUGCAUUUCUGUGCCAUGACACCUGUGCUGUCCUGAGCACACAUGGACUCCCUGGUCUGCUGGGAUGGCUUGCGCAGCUCUUUCUACAGAUCAGAGACUGUGAUGAUCACACAGUGGCAAUCCGGUUUGCUGUAUUUCACAUUUCUGCUAUCCUGAUCACCAUCACUAUAAGUCUGUCCAUGGGAAUCAUUACAGGGCUCCUACUCAAGUGGAAUUUCUGGAGACCGCCCCAAGACCAGAAAUGUUUUGAUGAUCAGGCGUUCUGGGAGUUUCCCCAUCUUGCAGUGCGCAAGUAAGACUAUGGAGAAGUGGACCAAAUCUGACCCUGGAAGUAUAAGCUACUGUUGCUGUUCAUUCAAGUCGAUGUAUAUAAUUUCAUGCAACUGCUUAGUGUGCUUAAUAGAUGUUUUAUGUAGACUGGGAGAAAUUAAAAGAAAAAAAUGUUACAAUAAGCAUGAAUAAAAGACUCAUUUA